AUGGCUAUUUCCCGGUUUUCUCUACGUAAAAGACUAGUCCGAGAGGCCCGCAUUAUGCGCACACCCAUGUCAGGACAACUCAUCCUCAACCGGAAGCGCACCCUCAGCCUGCAUCUGGAGGGCAACCUGAUCAACAUCUCUCCACACCCGCAGCAAGUUCCCACCAGCAAUUUUGCUUGCAUCCUCGUCACUAACUCCGCGUUUCAGCAGCUCAGCGAUCAGGUCCGGAUAUUUGGACACGUCCUCGAGUCCACGCGGAACAGUAGGGAUACCGUCAAAAUCGCUUCCCAUUCCAACAUGAUCGAAUCCAAUCAGGUUUCCAAUGUACAUUAUGUGGUCCACUACGUGCUCCAGAGUUGCAUUCUCUGGAUCAAGCUCAGGCAGGUCGUUCGGAUCGUCGGAAGCAGUACACGAAAUAAAGUCUGGGGAGAAGUUGACCAUCACAAUCGAGUUACGCUUUUUGACCAGCUCCAGAACAUCGUCCGGGACGUUGCGGGGAUGGGGGCAGACCGCGUACGCGGAGCUGUGACUGAACAUCACAGGAGCGCGGCUACCAGCCCAAUCAUCUUUUCCAGCGCCUAA